UAUACCGCGGCUGGCCGCUACUACAGUGGGGUUACAGCGGCGCUUCGCAGCCUUGUCUGUGAGCUGUUGGUUAGCCUUGCCCCAGGUUGGUCGUGCCCCGUCCCUUGUCUGCCUGCCUCACCCCGCAUGCUUUUCGCUUCCUCAUCAACAUCACCAAACGAGCAGCCACUCACAAGGCACCUGAUUGAGCGUCGAUAAAGCUUUGCUCAGGCCAUCAUGAGACACUCGGCCGACCAAGCUGAGCAAUUGCCUCUACUAGGCGAUGCUCAUAAUGCCGCAAAUCAACGCGCCAUCAAGAGGCAAAAGAUUGCCGCCGUCGUCCUCGUCUUUACGCUCAUCAGCAUCGUAGCCGUUGGCGGCAGUAUCAUUGGCACGUCGGCGAACAAGCUGAUCGAAUGGAACAUCUGUCGGGACAAGUAUCCGGACAGGGUUGUUGAUGACCCGCGGUGCGGCGACAGGGAGAUCGCCGGCCGCUUUGCGUACAUUGAUGGUCUGCUUACCACCUUCCAGAAGUUGCCCGGUAUCCUCUGUGGUAUCCCCUAUGGUCUGGUGGCUGAUAGAUGGGGUCGCCGCCGCAGUCUUACGCUCUGCAUGUUUGGCAUGACGAUGAUGAUGGUGCACAUUGUCACUGUUCUUACUCUUGCAGAGAGUCACUACCUCGACCUGCGAUGGAUAUGGGCUUGUGGACUCUGGAUGAUGAUCGGAGGCGGCUUUCCCGUUCUCAACUCCACCAUCUUCGCCAUCCUCAAUGACGUUGCCACGCCAGAAACAAGAGCCACCAUGUUCUUCUACUAUGGCACCUGCCAUGUCGUUGCCGCCAUCAUUGCUCCGCCUAUCACCUAUGUAGUUAUUCGCUUCGGUGCAUGGAACACGCUUGUCCUAAGCACCGCUUUCAUGAGCCUUACGAUCCCAGUUGCCUCCUUUCUACCGGAAACCAAAGACUUCCAACAAGCCAAGCCAGUCGUUGCAGAGGAGACGACCACAGUAACCAAGGGGACGGUGGAGCGAUUCAAGAAGCUCUGUAUCGAAGGCGUUGCUCUUGUGCGGUACCAGUUCUGGGAAAACAAGUUGCUCUGCUUGAGUCUCUUCAGCUUGAUCUUUACAUCCGUAGGCAAGUCCUUCACCAAUGUUUUGCAACUCUACGCCAAGACUCUGUUCCACUGGGAGUGGGAAGAGGUUUCCUUCAUCGCCUCUGUACAAAACUUCAUGGCCUUCAGCAUGACCGCAGUUCUUCUCCCUGCCAUUGAUUAUUACCUCCGUAAAGUUCUGAAGCUGUCAUUGCUGCACAAGGAUAUCUGGCUCGUCCGUGGUAGCAUUGUCUUCAUGGUCGUAGGCGCUGCAGCCAUCGGGUUAGCGCCAACAGCGCCCAUCUUCUUCGCUAGUUUGGUUCUGUUUGGAUUCAGUGGCGGUUACGAGUAUGCCAUCCGCGGUAUGCUAGCACAGGCCGCUGGCGACCGUGUCGCAACACUCUAUGCCGUUAUUGCCGUCAUGGAGGAGAUUGGCCAAGCAUCCUCUGGUCCGGUCUACAGCUAUCUGUUCAACGCCGGCCUCAAGCUAGGUGGAGCUAUGAUUUCGCUUCCGUUCUUCGUUGCCAGUCUGCUCUUCGGCAUUGCAGGCGUCAUUGUCUGGCUGGUGCGAUGGCAGACGCUUGAAGAGUCGGAGGAAGGCCAAGACGACGACACCCUGCACGACGAAGAUAUCUAGCGGAGCUCCAAGUACAAUAAUUCACACCACUGACAUUUUUCUCUCUCUAUAUAAUUUCAACAAAAAAAGCUGUCUCCAACGGUGACCCACCAUUGAUUGCGUGCAUAAGACAGAGUCCACAAGUUUCAUCGGACACGGCUCGGCAGAAAAGAAAAAGACAUUGAUUGCCUAGGGUCCCUGCAUGCAGCCCGUUGCACACUGCAUAUCCGCCCGGGUAAACAAACCACCCCCCGGUGAGAAAACUUUUUCGCUUGCAGAUGCACGCUGGAUUUAUAUUUACACUCCAAGUCUCGGCGAUCGGGUUCUAGACUACGGUCCCGUCCCGAAACAAGCAUCCUGGCUUUGGUCCCCUAGAUGUCUAGAAUAGCCGCCGAGGAAUCAGGAACCAAAACGGACAAUACACCCUUGUUCGACUCAAGACUCUCUCCUGUCGUCACAUUGCUCAGCUUGACCGGUCGGCCGUUGUCCAGUUCGUAAUUGUAGCUCCACCCGUCAAAUGUGAUGCCUGUGAUGGCGUCGCUGCCGUUGGCCAUGAGUCUGCGAACCCCGGCGUGUACAUCGGCAGAAUUGUCAUCCCCUACGAGGAACGAAAAUGCCCUGUGCGGCCGCGGCUCCGGGUUCUCGAGCGGCGCCACGCCUGCGCCGUCCACGGUGGUGUUGUACCCGUGCAUGUUGAUCGCCACCAGGCGCUUCAGGUGGCCCUCGACGUAGAUUGCAUAUGCAGCUUCCAUGUCUGACGACAGCGGGAUGGACGCCACGCUGACGGACCCUGCCGUCAAGUUGCCCAGUGCUGAAGCCGUAGCAAUAUUGCCAUAGUACGGCGCCUUGGUGCCCUUGGCUGUCUUGUCCGUGUCGAUUGGCUGCCAGCUUUGAUACUGCAAUAUAGCAAAGUCAAUAUCCUGUUUCAAAAACUCCAUGCCAGCCGCAGGUACUGUUAUACACUCACCCUGUAAUUCGUACCCUGGUGCAUGUGCACCCGCGCAAACCCAGCUGAUGCCGAGUAGAGAUUAAAGUCGACGCCCCAGAGCGCUGCACCAAACGAAUUGGACAGGCCAGGCUUGCCCUGGAAGUAGAGCGAGUUGGUCUCACCGAAGAUGAGCGGCGCGCGUCCGUGGCCUGUGGCCAUGAUGCGAUUGUACUCCUCUACCUGCUCGUCGACGUCCUGGAUAGUGCGUGUAUGGUUCAUAAGGGUGUGCUGGAGUGUCACACCUGGAGACGUUGCACCGUCAAUGUAG